AUCACAACGGAAACGAAACAAGCCCCCAAAAACAGAGAUUAGGCCCAAACAGAAACAAAGCUCAAAGAAGAAGAAAACCCUAGCAGCAGAGAAACUGUUGAAGUCGUCGUCCCCAUCGCCGCACUGCUGAGCCAAACGGAUGAACGGCCGCAGGGAUCCAGAAGAAGAUAAGGUCAAGCAAAAAACCUCCCAACACAGAACCUCCAACAGAUGCACGAGAUAAACCAAAAGACAGCCCAAAAAGUGCAGGACACGAAUGCUCCAUCAUCCUCCACGAACCCAACAUCGCCGCACCGCUUUUACGUUGCAUUAGGCGAGUCGGUAGCUGACCAUCUGCUGUGGAUAUUGUCCCUGUCAGAUGUCAAUGGCUGCUCCUUCCUCUUCCUCAUUGAAAUACAACGUCUUCCUGAAUUUCAGAGGCGUAGACACUCGCAAGAUCUUCGUCGGCCAUCUCUACAGAGCUCUGGAUCAGAAAUUAAUCACCUUCAUCGACGCCGAAGAGAUCAGAAAAGGCGACGAUCUUUUGCAGCUCCUCUCAGCUAUCGAAGAGUCGAGGAUUUCGAUCGUGGUUUUCUCCCAGAACUACGCUUCUUCGACGUGGUGCUUGAAAGAACUGGUCAAAAUCCUGGCGUGCAUGGACGCAAAGAAGCAGAUAGUGGUGCCGAUUUUCUACGAAGUUGAUCCAUCUGAAGUUCGUAAGCAAAAGAAAAUUUUUGCAGAAGCUUUUGCUCAACACGAACGCGAAUCGAACGCCGACAUGGAAGAGGUGGAGAGCUGGAGGUCCGCGGUAACCAGAGCUGCCAAUUUAUCCGGCUGGGAUUCGCGAAAAUACGAGGAUGAUGCCAAGCUUAUUGAGGAAAUUGUGGAUGACAUAUAUAAGAGAUAUAUCCAAGUCUCGCCAAGCAAAGAUAAUGGCUUGGUUGGAAUGGAUUACCACAUAGAUGCAGUGAAUUCACUAUUACGUCCUGGGGUGGAUGAUGUUUUCACUGUUGGAAUAUGGGGUAUGGGAGGUAUAGGCAAAACCACCAUCGCUCGCGCUGUUUAUGAUGGAAUCGCAUGUCAAUUUGAAGCUUGCUGCUUUCUCGAAAAUGUCAAGGAAGGCUUCUCGAAGAAUGGUGCAGUACAUAUGCAAGAAAUGCUUCUUUCUAGAAUCUUGAAGCAGGAAAAGGUGCAGAGUUUAGGCACGUUGGAAAGGCUACAAAGGCUACAAAGGAAAAAAGUUUUCAUUGUUCUUGAUGACGUUGAUGAAUUAUCCCAAAUCGAAGCCUUACUUGGAAAGCAGCAUUCAUUUGGUGGUGGAAGUCGGGUCAUUAUAACAACUAGAGAUAAACAAUUAUUAAGUGGAGCUGGUGCUGUAUAUAAGCCCGAGAACUUAAGUGAGCCAGAAGCUCUUAAACUCUUCUACCAGUAUGCCUUCAGAACAAUCCAACCCACCCGAAAUUAUGGUCAGCUCUCAAGGCGUGCCAUACAAUAUGCCCAAGGUCUGCCUUUAGCACUCAAAGUGUUGGGAGCUUUUCUUGAUAACAAAACUGUGCCCGAGUGGGAAGAUGAGUUGGAAAAAAUAAGGAAAAUCCCGCAAAAGGGAAUUCAUAAUGUGCUUAAAACGAGCUUUGAUGGACUAGAUGAGUCAGACAAGGACAUCUUUCUAGAUAUUGCAUGUUUCUUGAAAGGAAUGGAUAUAGACAGUGCAAAAAAAAGUCUGGACAGUUGUGGCUUAUAUCCCCAUCGUGGAAUAAGAGUUCUAAUCGACCGAGCUCUCAUAUCUGUGUCAAAGUGGGGGGAACUGGUGAUGCAUGAUUUACUAGAGGAAAUGGGUCGGGAAAUCGUUCGCCAAGAAUGUAUCAAAGAGCCUGGGAGAAGAAGUAGGUUGUGGAGUUAUGAAGAUGUUCGUCAUGUGCUGACUCAAAAAACAGCUACAGAAGCAAUUGAAGGCAUAAUCCUGGAUUCAGCAAUCUUUAAAGAGAGAUGCUCAAAUACUGAAGCAUUUGUUAGUAUGACAAAACUAAGACUGCUCAUGAUACGUGAUGGUUACUUUGACGAAUAUGGGUUUGUAUCCGAGGAUUCAUUUGACAGUCAAACUUCAACUGAAGCAGAAGAUGAGCUUGCAUUCGGGGAUUCAUUUGACAAUCGAGCUCCACAUGAUUGCUUCAUAAAACACUGGAUUGCGGACUUAAAGUUCCAAAGUUCUCAGUUGAGGUGUCUCAUCUGGCGUGGUUGCCCCCUCAAGUCUUGGCCAUCCAACUUCCAGUUCAAGAAUCUUGUAAACCUUGACAUGAGCAAUAGUCGCAUCGAACAACUUUGGACAGGAGCUGAGCCUCUGGAAAAGUUGAAAUUCAUCAAUUUAAGUUAUUGUGAAAGCCUUAAGAAAACCCCCGACUUCACAAAGGCUACAAGUCUUAAGGAACUAAAUCUCAAAGGUUGUACAGAGUUAUAUGAGGUUGACCCAUCCAUUUCAGCUCUGAAAAACCUUGCUAUAUUGAAUCUAGGAGACUGUGAAAAUCUUAAGAGCCUUCCGGGCAUCAUUCGUAUGGGAUCUCUUCAAACCCUUGAUCUUUCUGGUUGCUCAAACCUUGAGAAGUUUCCUGAGAUUUCGGAAGUUAUGGAGGAGCUGUCAGAGCUUUAUUUAGUUGGGACUGCAAUUAAAGAACUGCCUUCUUCAAUUAAUAAACUCACAGGCCUCACUGUUUUGGACCUAUCUCAGUGUCGAGAACUCAAGAGCCUGCCGAGCAGCAUUCAUAUGGGAUCUCUUCAAACCCUUAAACUUUCUGGUUGCUCAAACAUUGAGAAGUUUCCAGAUAUUUCAGAUGUUAUGGGGAAUCUAUCAAAGUUAUAUUUAGAUAGCACUGCCAUUAAAGAACUGCCUUCGUCAAUUAAUAAACUCACGGGCCUUACUUUUUUGGACCUAAGAGGCUGUGAAAAUCUUAAGAGCCUUCCGGGCAUCAAUCAUAUGGGAUCUCUUCAAACCCUUAAUCUUUCUGGUUGCUCAAACCUUGAGAAGUUUCCUGAGAUUUCGGAAGUUAUGGAGGAGCUGUCAGAGCUUUAUUUAGUUGGGACUGCAAUUGAAGAACUGCCUUCUUCAAUUAAUAAACUCACGGGCCUUACUCUCUUGGACCUAAGACGCUGUGAAGAACUGAAGAGCCUGCCGAGCAGCAUUCAUAUGGGAUCUCUUCAAACUCUUAAUCUUUCAGGUUGCUCAAUGCUUGAGAAGUUUCCAGAUAUUUCAGAUGUUAUGAAGAAACUAUCAAGGUUAUAUUUAGACAAGACUGCAAUUAAAGAACUGCCUUCGUCAAUUAAUAAACUCACAGGCCUCACUGUUUUGGACCUAUCUCGGUGUCGAGAACUCAAGAGCCUGCCGAGCAGCAUUCAUAUGGGAUCUCUUCAAACCCUUAAUCUUUCUGGUUGCUCAAACCUGGAGCAGUUUCCAGAUAUUUCAGGUGUUAUGGAGAAGCUAUCAGAGCUUUAUUUAAACGAGACUGCAAUUAAAGAACUGCCUUCGUCAAUUAAUAAACUCACAGGCCUCACUGUUUUGGACCUAUCUCGGUGUCGAGAACUCAAGAGCCUGCCGAGCAGCAUUCAUAUGGGAUCUCUUCAAACCCUUAAUCUUUCUGGUUGCUCAAACCUGGAGCAGUUUCCAGAUAUUUCGGGUGUUAUGGAGAAGCUAUCAGAGCUUUAUUUAGACGAGACUGCAAUUAAAGAACUGCCUUCGUCAAUUAAUAAACUCACGAGCCUUACUAUUUUGGUCCUAAGAGGCUGUCGAGAACUCAAGAGCAUGCCAAGCAGCAUUCAUAUGGGAUCUCUUCAAACCCUUAAUCUUUCUGGUUGCUCAAACCUGGAGCAGUUUCCAGAUAUUUCAGGUGUUAUGGAGAAGCUAUCAGAGCUUUAUUUAGACGAGACUGCAAUUAAAGAACUGCCUUCGUCAAUUAAUAAACUCACAGGCCUCACUGUUUUGGACCUAUCUCGGUGUCGAGAACUCAAGAGCCUGCCGAGCAGCAUUCAUAUGGGAUCUCUUCAAACCCUUAAACUUUUUGGUUGCUCAAACUUUGAGAAGUUUCCAGAUAUUUCAGAUGUUAUGGGGAAGCUAUCAAAGCUUUAUUUAGGUGGGACUGCCAUUAAAGAACUGCAUUCGUCAAUUAAUAAACUCACGGGCCUUACUGUUUUGAACCUAAGAGGCUGUCGAGAACUCAAGAGCCUGCCGAGCAGCAUUCAUGUAGGAUCUCUUCAAACCAUUAUUCUUUCGGGCUGCUCAAUGCUUGAGAAGUUUCCAGAUAUUUCAGAUGUUAUGGAGAAGCUAUCAGAGCUUCAUUUAGAUGGGACUGCUAUUAAAGAACUGCAUUCAUCAAUUAAUAAACUCACGGGCCUUACUAUUUUGAACCUAAGAGGCUGUCAAGAACUCAAGAGCCUGCAGAGCAGUAUUCAUAUCGGAUCUCUUCAAACCCUUAAUCUUUCUGGUUGCUCAAACCUUGAGAAGUUUCCAGAGAUUUCAGAUGCUAUGGAGAAUCUAUCAGAGUUAUAUUUAGAUGGGACUGCCAUUAAAGAACUGCCUUCAUCAAUUAAUAAACUCACGGGCCUUACUGAUUUGAACCUAUCUUGGUGUCAAGAACUCAAGAGCCUGCCGAGCAGCAUUCAUAUGGGAUCUCUUCAAACCCUUAUUCUUUCGGGUUGCUCAAUGCUUGAGAAGUUUCCAGAUAUUUCAGAUGUUAUGGAGAAUCUAUCAGAGUUAUAUUUAGAUGGGACUGCCAUUAAAGAACUGCCUUCGUCAAUUACUAAACUCACGGGCCUUACUGUUUUGAACCUAUCUGGGUGUCAAGAACUCAAGAGCCUGCCGAGUAGCAUUCAUAUGGGAUCUCUUCGAACCCUUAUUCUUUCGGGUUGCUCAAUGCUUGAGAAGUUUCCAGAUAUUUCAGAUGUUGUGGAGAAGCUAUCAAGGUUAUAUUUAGAUGGGACUGCCAUUCAAGAACUGCCUUCGUCAAUUAAUAAACUCACGGGCCUUACUGUUUUGGACCUAUCUGGGUGUCAAGAACUCAAGAGCCUGCCGAGCAGCAUUCAUAUGGGAUCUCUUCAAACCCUUAAUCUUUCUGGUUGCUCAAAACUUUGAGAAGUUUCCAGACAUUUCAGAUGUUAUGGAGAAGCUAUCAAAGUUAUAUUUAGAUGGGACUGCAAUUAAAGAACUGCCUUCUUCAAUUAGAAAUCUUCCAGGUCUUGUUACGUUGAACGUAAGAGAUUUUAGAAAACUCAAGUCUCCCAAGCAGCAUUUGUGAUCUCAAGGCCCUUCACUAUCUUAGUCUUUCUGGUUGCCCAAAGUUUGAGGUGUUGGAAUUAUUGGGUAUUGCUCAUUUAUCAUUAUUGAGUACAUUAGAACUCUGCAGAAACAAUUUUGAGAGCUUGCCUGCGGAAAUGAAUUGGCUUCAUUGGUUAACAAGUCUCAAAUUGGAAGGUUGCAAGGGACUGAAAUCAAUACCAGAGAUUUCAUCAACUAUAAGGUUCAUAGAUGCCCAUGAUUGCACGGCUUUGGUAUCUGUUUCAAGACCAAGCAAGUUUUUUCCGAAGAAUCUUUACUUGACAUUUUCAAACUGCUUCCAGCUGGUGCAAAAUCUAUUUGAAGAUGUUGUGGAAGCUCAUCAGGUCUCUCUCUCUCUCUCUCUACGUGCAAAAGUAUGAAACAUAUCUAAUGCAAGUCCAGUUUACCUUUGUUUUCAUUCUGCAGGGUAAUCCGCAACCUCUUUCCUUGUUUAUGUAUCUUCCUGGAAGUAAACUUUCAGAUUGGUUCAGCCAUCAGUGUAGCAGAUCUUCCGUAACUGUGCAUCUACCACCAGUCUUGGAUCAUAAGAUUUUAGGAUUCGCUGUGUGCGGUGUUACUAAGUUCAAGUAUGCACAUUAUGCAUCUGAUCUAUCUGCUCUGUGUUUUUGUACCUUCAAAGGAGAGCAUGCAUGGCGAGCGCGGUUUCUGCUUUGAUUUGCUUGAUUUGAGCAUCACAAGAGGCAGGUUACUUGAGUCAGAUUAUGUGAUUCUGGGGCACCAGUUCAGCAGCAUCGCGUCAGAAGGAGUGGAGUUCGUCUCUUUUAUGCCAACUGUGAGGAGGUGCAUAAUCUCUUUUAUGCCAAUUGUGAGAGGAAGCUAAUUGUAAGCCCGUGUGGUCCCUUUUAUCCCAAAUUUGAGGUGGUGCGUUAUUGAAGCAUGAUACAGCCGGAUCAAUUCCACUUUCAAGAACAACACUAUCAUCAUGAGAAUUCUGAAGCCGAACUUCGUGCUUUUGGCAAAUCAAUGGUAAGAGUUGCACAUUCUGAGAGGAACCGUGAAGGGUGUUGCUAUAACGAGGGUGAACAAAAUGGAAGUGAUACCUCUGACGCAGAGGAUUUGUAUUCUAAAAGAUUGGUACUUCCUGAUGGGGCAAAGGAAAACUGAAGAGAACAAUCCCUCUGUGUUGGAUUUGAUGGCUCAGUCCUGUUGGGUCUCAACACUUUCUACGCGGACCUAAAACCAAACUGUUGUGGCUCUUUAGUUGGCAUAUGCGGAUCCCAUGCUAGGUCUCUUUAGUGCUCGUAUUUAAAGCCUCGCAUUGUGUCGAAUUUGGAUGAGACGGUGGGAAAUGUGAAUACAAGCAGCUGCACUAGUGUAAAGGAAAGAGAAGAGCCGACACCCAAUGGAAGAGAGAAGUAAAAUGGGGAGCUGCUGCGUUUAAGGUUCUGUAAGAGUGAAACCAAUUAGCGAUUGUUGUAGUUGUAGAGAAACAAAUAUUUUGUUUGUAAUUCGUUUUUUCCCUCUUCUAUUUGUGAGUGUAUCUGGGUGUAUUUUGGGUUUGAGUUUGAGAGUACUCUUUGUAAUCUCCUUUUCCUUUUGUUUAUUAGUGAAACUUCCUUGCUGUCCC